CACCUUGGGUUGGUGUCAAAAAACUCGAAAAUUACAGAACGUCGUCGUCGUCGUCGUCGUCGUCGACUGGAGUUUUUCCUGUUUUCCAUCUUUUCAGCCCACUCGCAGCGAGGUGGAAAAUAUUGGAAAAUACAGACGAUGGUACGGUGAACGGUGUUAGGGCAAAGCCUGGUGCCGUUGUUAGUGUGUGUGGCCCAACACGUUUGCAUUACGCGUACAGGACCGUCGCAACAAUUGUGAAGGGGGAAAAAAGGGAGCGAGUGGAUUCGCCAUAGCCCCAAAACGCAACCCGUUCGUGUGUGUGUGUGUGUGUGUUUUUUUUUUCUUUCUCCUUUUUUUGUGUUGGGGUCACCGAGAGACGGGCGAGCGUGUGCGGUGAAAAGUGUUUUUCCGCUGGGUUGACCGAACCGUGCAUCGAAAAAUAGGGGCGUUGGCGUGUGGUUGUGUGCGGGCAAAGGGCUCCCAACAGCCCCAGCGCAGUCGGUGGUGCAUAAAACAAACCCCCUUUCGAUUGGGGCGAAGGGCCGGAAGGGGCCAAGGGGAAGCAAGGGUGCGCUUCGUCCAUUUUCUGGGCUUGGUGCAUACACAAGUGUGCCUGGAGCGUUCAGGUGGUGGAUGCUAGAAGGAGCGAGAGCGAGCGAGUGACAGAGUGAGAGUGCGUGCGUAGGAGCUGAAGGAAGCAGUGCUGUGCGUGCGUGCGUGCGUGCGUGCGCGCGCGUGUUUGUGUUUUGAAGGAAAAAGGGAAAAGGAUGAAGUACGUCCGAAUGGUGUCCCCUUUGCUGCAUUAGCGUGCGGCAACAGCAGGCCCCGUGAACGGUGCUCGUCUGGGGAAACAGGGCGAAGAGCGCGGCGGGUAAAGAAAGAAGAAGGGUUGUCGUGAAGCGUGAAUCAGCGUAGGUGUGAAAGUGACGGAGAACAAACUUUCUUUCGAAGCAGAAACGCUCGAAAGAAGGUGUGUGAGUGUGUAUGUGGAAAGGGGGAAGGUGUUUCCCUUCCGAUCGAAAAUCAUCCAUCGACACGACAAAUCGGGUUGCUAGUCAAACAGAGUGAGAAUGUAAACAUGGCUUACCGCUGAUACUAAACACAAGUUGGCCCUUUGCACCAACUGCCUGCAGUAGUUCGGAGGUGUUCGUCCGUGCCCGUAGAGGGGGAGAAAGGAGAAAGAAGUGCGUUAGGAUUCCUUUUGUUUAGCCACAACCAACCCCGGGCAAAGGCGAAGAAGAAGCAGCAGCAGCAGCAGUUUGGUUAUAUCGUCCGUAACAAAUAAUAAAUAACGAUAGUCGUAAAGAAAAGAAGGGCCAUCCUACCCCCUUCAAGAAAGCUGCCAACAACCGUACGUUGAGUGCUUGUGUGUGUGUGUCGGUGUAUGUGUGGGUGCCGUUUGUAUCUGUGUGAGCCUCUGUUCGUGAAUAGCUGCUUGCACAAAAUUAUCAUCGAAGUGGGCGAGCAAAAUUUGCGCGUGUGUGGUUGUGCUCUGGUGCGUCGUGCCGUGUGGUGUUGUUUCGCGUGUGAAUCGCGGCAAAAAGGAUAGUGUGUUUCCCCCAUUGUGGAAAGAAUUAUAUGAGCCGUGGUGCUUGGUUUGCGGCAUCAUUCCCUUGCUAACAAACACACAAACACACACACACACGGGCGCGUCUCAGGAGAUGAUGAUACUACCCGUUCGACCUCGGGCACGUAACGAUGUGUUGAGUAAUAGGUUCGUUCUGGGAUGGAGAAUUUUUGUGUGUGAAAAACAGUAAAUCAUAAUCCCCAGAUGGCCAUCUCCCUCCCGGGCGCACCGAAGUAGUAAGAGGCAGUGUAAGCGCAUCGCUCGAGUGGAUUCGAGAUUGGCACGAAUAAAUUAAGCUACCGAAGAUAAGCGAUAAUUGCCGACCGAGAAGGUGUUUUUGUUAGCCUAGCCGAGCGGAGACGUACAGCGAACGAACGGAAGCAUCUCUUCGCAUUGGUGUAAAAAUGUCCGCACAAUUGCAUUCAGAACUGCCCCCGCGCGCCGACGACGUCGUUGCUGGACAAUGAAUCCUGGCCUAUGGGGAUGCCUGAUACCCUGUGGACUGUCAUACUGGUGCGAGAGUAAGAGUGGCAGCGAUCCAUGCAUUACGACGGAGAUGGGAGCAACAGCGUCAACGGACUGUCCCGGCUCUAGUGGCGGCGGCGGAGUAGGAGGAGGUGGAGGAGCGGCCGGUGGCAGUGUUGGCGGUGGCAUGCUGGGUGUGUCGGGCAUUACCUCGACGGCGGGGCUUACUACGACGCCCCUAACGUCCGCUAGCGGUGGCGGCGGCGGCAGCGGCGGCUACGGACCGAUGUGCGGUGUCGGUGGGUCGGGCCCGUCCGGUGGCAUCGGUGCGGCCGGUGGUCCCGGGGCGGUGCGCGAGCGGCGCAAGAAGGUGACCGGGUUCGCGACGCUCAAGAAGAAGCUGAUUCGGCGGCGCCGCUCGUCGAAAGCCUGUGAUCAUGGGCGGGUGCUGCGCGAGUUCGUCUCGAGCUGGAGCCCGAUGGAGCUGUCCGCGCUGCUCGAGGAGUACGAGUCGCUCGCGGCCCUGAAGGACCUCUCGGUGCAGGCGGAGCUGGCCCGCCCGCCGGCAACCACGUUCAAGCAGGAUCUGGCCAGCCUGUACGAUUUCAAGCACUGCACCGACUGCGACCUGGUGUUCCGCGGCACGGUCUUCCCGGUGCACCGGGCGAUCCUGUCGGCGCGGUGCUCCUACUUUCGCGAUCUGCUCGCCGGCUGCCCCGGGUACGGGGCGCGCAUCUGUCUCGAGCUGCGCUCCUCGCCGGUGGAUGUGGCCAUGUUUUCGUCGCUGCUGCGCUACCUCUACACCGGCGACCUGUGUACACACGAUCCGACCAUAGAUGUAAGCCUGUUGCGUAGGUUAGGGGAAGACUUUGGCACGCCCAAUCCGCUCGAGAACGACCUGCGGUAUCUGCUGGAGACGGGCGACUACGCGGACGCGGCCAUCGUGUUCACGUCCGAGGGGGGCGACUACCAUCGGCCCGACUCGGGCAGCUCGGAGUACGGCUUCCGGCCGAAGCUGGAGCUGCCGUGCCACAAGGCGAUCCUGAGCGCCCGAUCGCCGUUCUUCAAGAGCAUGAUCCAGCGCCGGACGCGCAACAUCUCCGAGGAGCACCAGCUGCACGGGACGGACCGAUCGCUGCACGCCACCACCCGCAUCGUGCUGGACGAGGGCGUCAUCCCGAAGCGGUACGCGCGCGUCCUGCUGCACGCGAUCUAUCUCGACACGGUCGAUCUGUCGCUGAUACUGCGGGGCAACGGGUGCGGCAGCGGCGCCGGCAGCCUCGGCGAGGUGCAGGCGCUCACGCAUACCGGCCGUGCCCGGCCGUCGCCGCUCGAGGAGGCGAUGGAGCUGUACCAGAUUGGCCGGUUCCUGGAGCUGGACAUCUUGGCGCAGGGCUGUGAGGAUUUGAUCCUGGAAUGGUUGUCGCUCGACACGCUCGCGACGGUGCUGCGCUGGGGCAGCCAGCCGCACGGGUCGGCCUGGGUGUACCGGCAGGCGUGCCACUAUCUGCGCGAGGAGUUUUCGGCCAUCGUCGGGUCGCCGGUGCUGUUUCAGCUGGACAAGUCGCAGCUGAUCGAGGCGCUGCAGAACAACUUCCUGCAGGCGUCCGAGCUGGAGGUGCUGCAGGCGGUGCUGAAGUGGGGCGAGCAGGAGCUGAUCCGCCGGAUGGAGGACCGGGAGCCGAAUCUGCUCAGCCACACGGCCCACUCGGUCACGCGCAAGGGCAUUAAGAAGCGCGACCUUAGCGACGUGGAGCUGCGCGAGAUACUGUCCGAGCUGUUGCCGCACGUGCGCAUGGAUCACGUGCUGCCGCCGAACAACGAAAUCCUCAAUCAGGCGAUCCGGCGCGGGCUGGUGAGCACACCGCCCUCGCACAUGAUCGGCGACGAGCGGGAAAGCUUGCGCAUCAACGCGUGGAUACGGGGCGGCAAGAAUCACGGGCUGUUUGUGCGCCCGCGGCUCUUCAUGCCGUACUACGAGGAGGUGAAGGUGCUGCUGGAAGACCACAUCGCGUCGCAGCAGAUAGAGCUGCUGCGGAUGAGACGGUCGCGCCACCACAUGCCGGACAUUCCGGACACGCUGUAUAUGGUUUCGCGGCUCAACAGCAAUGCUGGCACGACGCUCGGCGGCGGUUCGGCCGCCGGCGUGGACGUGGUGGCAGCGACGACCGCACCGAUCCCCGCACCGGACGCACAAACGAUGGAAUCGAUGCAGAAGCGCGACCAGAAGCUGCGCCAGUCACCGGGCUGCCAGCGGGCACUGGCGCUGCCCCUCUCGAGCCGCUCGGAGAUCACCCGCCAGAUACGGUUGCGGGUGGUGCGGGAGUUUAACUUCCCGGACGAGGUGGCGGAACUGCUCGAGAGCGCCAACUGCUACUGCCACGAUGGGGACGCGAGCGGAGCGAACAGCAAGGGACCGUCCGAUUACGAUCACGACAGUCACCACCAUUCGCAUCAUGCUCAUCACCAUGCGCAUCAUCGGCACGAUCUGCACGCCAGCCAGCAGUCGCUCGACGACGAGUCGACGCCGCCCCCUUCGCCGGCAAUGCCGGGCAGUGACGUGGAGGCACAGGCCGCCGUGCACUGCUUCGGCCGCAACAUGACAUUCCCCCGUCAGCAGCCUCAGCAGCCUCCACAGCAGCAGCAGCAGCAGCAGCAGCAAUAUCCCUCCCAGCAGCAACCCUCAGCUCACCAUUCGCAGCGCCCAUCGAUGGCGACGCACACGCUGCUGGCGCAUGGUCUGCACGGGUCGGGCGGUAGCAGUGGCAACGGUUCCGGACCGGCCGGACUCCACGCGUCGCUGACCAAUCCGCUCGCGUUGAUCGGUGGAACGCACCGUCGACAGGAGCUACCAUCGGUUAUCCCCGGCGGAGACAUUGUGGCAUAUCGUCUGUCCGCUCCGGCCGGUGGCGGUGCCGUUGGUCCUCCGGGUGGUAUCGGCGGCGGUGGUUUGGAUCUGAGCGAAAUGGGUGCAUGCUCCGAUGGCCAUCUUUCGGACGUGAUGCCCGAUGUUGCGAUGGCCACGGCCUCACUCGGACAGCUACACUUGGGUGGUGGUGGUGGCGGCGGCGGUGCUGGUGGUGCUGGUUCAUCUGCAACGGGCAGUGGCGGUGUGGGCAACGGUUCGGAUGUGCCGGAAAGUUUGCAUCUAGAUUUAGGCGACGGGCCGAGUCACAUGAUUGGUGCCGCAGCUAUCGGUGGGCUACAUCACAAUAUAUCGCAUCAUCGCAUGACACCAGCAACAACGACAUUCCAUCAUUACAUGACCCGCAACCUGUUGAAUCCGAUGCAUCCAUCCACGUCUCAGCAGGCGACGUCACAGUCCCAACAGCAGGUACACCAUGCGACCCUGCAACCCUCCGCCUCCUCGUCGUCCUCGUCGUCGUCGAUGCUUCUGGGCGGCCAUUCAGCGGCUUCCUCCCAGCUGCACGGCUCGCAAGCAUCCCUUUCACACAGCGGUCAGCAGCACCAGCAGCAGCAACAGCAGCAGCACCAGCAAUCACUUCAACAGCACCACGGUUCGCAGCAGCUCUUGAAUGCGGUUGGUGGUGCCGCAGUUCAUCAGCAGCAACAGCAGCAGCCACAGUCAUCGCAGCAGCCAUCGCUGGCUCAGCGGUCUUCCUCGCCGUAUACGUUGCACCGUGCCAGCCCGAGCCUGCCGCAUAGUUCAUAUCACUCCGGACCACCGCGAUUCUUAUAGAAAAGGCUACAAGUUUUCCCCGAUCGAAGUUGCCUCUUCGUGAUGCCUUUCUAAACAAAAAAAAAAGCAAAACACGAAACCACUCACGCAUACACUCAACCAUAGAAAAGCACAUAACAGAAAAACAAAAAGAAAGCGUACUAAACAGAAGGAAAAAUACUACACACGUACAAUAAUGUAGUUGUAGUGUGCGGAACGGAGCGGCAGCAAAGCAACUGGUGCAACGGUGAGUAGUAACAGCAGAUGAAGCAGAAUGGUUUGAAAAAGGGUGCUGUGGUGGCAUACCAGCUGGUAAAGCGAGACAGGUCUGAAUGACAAAUGAGCGAAUUAGAAUAGUGUAAUAAUAGAUUGCGGCACAGUACGAUAUUAUUGGAACAAAUUGCAUUAGUUAAAGCGAAUAAUACUAUGGAAGAUAUCUUUGAAAUUGAACUACGCGCCCUCCCUUACCUUAGCUACAGGAGCAUGAAGCGCUGAAAAAGAUUUCUCCCUUUGUGCAGUGACCGGCAAGACACGGCAACAAAUAAGAACGAUUGUGUGUAGCGGUGGGUGGCAAAAGUUGUACAAGCAGUGUAGGGUGUUGCCAGAGUGCCGAGGUGCAGGGAGAAAGCUCCGGGGCACAGUCGCGUUUUAAAUUCAACCAUACGCCAUUUGGUUGGAAUUGCGAGCGGCGUGAGAAUGAGAAUACGACUUUAUACUAAUGAUUACAUUGAACAUAAUAAUAUUAACCGCUCCCCCAUAGUUCUUAUCCACACUUACCUCUAACGGUGGUAUAACAUUCAGUGCAUCCUUCAAUCCGGAACAGAUUGCAUAAUGAUGCAGAAUCAAACGAUAACGACGAUGCGUGGAUUCCGUUGUAGAGCUGCUCCGAAAUUAUUGCUCCGGCCUGGUACAAAAUACUCUUUCCAACACAACAAACAACAAAUGCAAUCGUUCGCUGCAUCGGUUAUGUUUUGUACAGAGCGAGUAAAGUAAUUGUAGUUAUGGUGGUGGUGGUGGAGCUCGUGAUUCAGUCCAUCUCGAGCGGAGAACAAAGCCGACCGGUCCGCAGCCAAUCAGUUACCUAAUGUCGUGCGUUUUUUUUUUAAUGAUCGAUAAACAAGCUUCCAAUAGCAUGCAAUGGCAUACAUACGUAUUUGCAACGAUCUUACGGAUCGGUACUGUGUAAUUCAGUGUGGUUUUCAACACAUUUCGGCAGUUGUUUCAGUGGUUCUGUGUUACGAAAAGUUCAGUUCAAGUUCGGCGAAUAUUAAAACCGUAGUAGUUGGUAUAGUAAGGGCGCUCCUGUUGGCGCUCUUCUUGGGGCAGAAUGGGACAAAGCGAUAAUAAGACCCGGCACCACCCGGCAAAGAUGUGAUCGAUGUAAUUAGGUUAAAAAUGAUGACUACGUUUACUAUAAAUAUUCGCCCGCUUAGUUAUACAUAAUUGCUUCAGCGCGCAUUGAAGAGUGUGGCAGUGCCUCUGUUUUUUUUUUUUAAAUCUUAUUAGUAUGCAUCUAAUGAAUCUUUUCUAACGUUUCGACUAUUGUCCUUUGCAACGUACGUAUAGUUUAUAAACGAUUAUUUAUUUUUCAAAUGUUUGUUAAAUUAAGAGAUUUUUUUAUUAAUUUUAAUUUAGAUCGUUUCAUCGAAAUAAGCAAUACAGCGAGCGGAGAAAACAUUGGAUUAUUUUACAUACAUCGCUCGAUAGCCUCUCAGUACGGUAAAGUUGUUAUUUCAGUAAAAGGUUUUUGUCGAAAUUAAUCCAAAAGCAGCACCAUUUUCCAGGCACGUUGUGGUUUGUUUGGCUAUUUUAUGUAUUAUUGAUAUUAUUUUGUAUUCGCUUUAUUAUGAUUGAUUUGAUGGCGUGGAAGAUCAUUUCAAGAAGCAAUUGUUUAUGUUCCUUACAAACAAACAAACGAAAAUACAAUGAGAACAAAUUCUGUAAAAAAAAAUACACAUACACACACACACUCGGCAUAAUAUAAGAGACGUCUGAAGCAUCAAAACCCAACCAAGCAAAAUAUAUUAGAUGUACCUUGCGGGGAGCGAGUAAAAUGAAUGAAUGAAUGAAUGUUUCGGUUUCCAUUUUCCGCCAUUCGAAGCGAAAGGUGAAUUUGUAUAAUUCUGCAACAGUGUGUGCAGUGUGCGGUGUCAAGAUUUACUCUGCAAUCUUCCCCAUAAUGUAAAUAUAAUACUAUACACAUUCAAACUUUUGAACACAGCCGUCUCGCGAAGCAAGUGAAAUUACCGUUUACUACUACAAAUAUCUCCCCCUCUAUAACAAUAGUCAGUCUCAAGAGAGAGGAGAGCAAACUAGCAUAAACCAGAGAGCUACGUAAUGAAGGAAGAAAACGAAAUUAAGCACGAAGGGUUGUAGGUAACAACAGUAAACAAAAGCGUAAGCGAAAAAUUACAAAAUGAAACAUAUAAAACGUUCAAUGAAUGCUGCCAACUCACAGGUCAUCUUGUAUAAUAAGAUGGAGAAAAAGUAUAAUGUUGAAAGGUGCAACACACAGCCGAAAUGCAACAAUAACCACAGAUGUUGGGACGAGUUGUGAGCGGUAACAAACACGAAGAGAACAAAAACAAAACGAUAUAGUAGGGUGUACCAUGAUGCUAAGGAAAAGGGUGGAAAAAGUUACACAUUUCCCGGAUACCACCACGAAGCAAACAAACCAUCCGCUACUAAAAACAGUGUUAUUCGAUUAGAUCGCUGUAAGCAAUAGUGUGCGAUCCUCACGAGAGAGAGAGAGAGCGAAAGAGUUGGUACAAAGCAGUAAUACAUUAAUCUGGCGCGGGGAUGUUGAUGUCUCCCGCGGAGGAGUAGCGAACGAUUGAAAGGACCAACUGUGAAUUCGUACAAAUGGUCAACUUCUGGCUGCAGACAGCUGUGUCAUGAUGUGUCUCACAAUUACAACAAAAUUUAGAUAAAUCCAAUCGAGAUGAUCCGCGUGUGUCUAAUCCGCAGACCCAUUUCCCCGUCUCCUAUCCUCCAAUACACACAGACACAGGCAAACACACAUACACACACACACACACACACACACACACACACACACACACACACACACACACACACACACACACACACACACACACACACACACACACACACACACAUUCUAUCCCUUUCGUACGUAUCUGGAAGAUUGCGAAAAACAGGGGCGACAGAAGAAGGAUUUUCGGUAAUCCUAGGACGCGAGCCGAUAAUGGACCGGAAAGUAUGUAGCUUAUAUAAACAAUAAUUAUUACUAUUCAAAUGAAUUACGAAGUAAACGUGUGUGUGUCUGUGUAUGAAUGGAACAAAAACGAAAGAUAUAUGGUAUGGUGUGUGUCGUCGUCGUCGUCGUUGGAGAAUUGCAAUGCGCGACAUACGUUCGCCACCCCGUACGCUCCUGUCGGGAGUAAUGCUAAGUUAUCGAAACAAUCUGAUAAAAAGAAGGCCGUAGAAGUGGUAUGUAAAAGGUUACAGUAAGGCGUGCAGGCGAACCCGUGGAAAGCACGACACAACAAAACACAAAAAGUAAAAGUAAACGAUGAAACGUAAAAUAAAAUACUAUUUUAAAAAUUA